CAAAAGUUUGUAGUGAUUCUGCAGCGCUGCCAUAGACGAUCAGUUUUAACCGGGGAAAACACGAGACACCCAGAGCCGAGCAGAGCCACUCAGAGCCACGCAGAGCCACGCAGAGUCACGCAGAGUCACGCAGAGCCAAGCUGAGCCAAGCAGAGCCACCCAGAGCCACCCAGAGCCAAGCUGAGCCAAGCUGAGCCACCCAGAGCCAAGCUGAGCCAAGCAGAGCCACCCAGAGCCAAGCAGAGCCACCCAGAGCCACCCAGAGCCAAGCUGAGCCAAGCUGAGCCACCCAGAGCCAAGCUGAGCCAAGCAGAGCCACCCAGAGCCAAGCAGAGCCACCCAGAGCCACCCAGAGCCAAGCUGAGCCAAGCUGAGCCACCCAGAGCCAAGCUGAGCCAAGCAGAGCCACCCAGAGUCACGCACAGCCUCUGGGGGAUGGAGUCGUGUCGGUUCUGCUCCGUGACAGAACAAAGCUCCGGCUGCAGACACGUGUUCUGCUGCACGCGGAGUAAACACGGAGGCUUCAAAAUCAGUGUGACAGAUGCCGCAGACGUGUGGACCGCAGACUCUGCAGAUGAGGAGCUGGAGACGUUUACUCAAAAACUGUGUCUAAAAUCUCCCGAGGAUUUCUGUCACAAACUCAGCUCUGGAGAUGUGCACUUUGAGGUGAAGGAUGAACUCGCCCAGUUACGAUCGGUCUCUGGUUCAAAUCCCACACGCCUGAACCUCUCCAAGAUGGACGCCGCCGCUGCCAAAGAGGAAGUGAAGCAGCUCCUGUUUAAGAUGGCCGACGCCCUCUCCAACAGCGCUGACCGAGCAGUUUUAGCCUCGAGUCCAUUGAAGAACCACCAGAAACACAGCUCAGAAUUUGAGCCUCGGCAACAGAACAGCGCCCCCUUGGUGACACCAAAGAAAAGACUUCCUGGAUCGUCUCUCAUCAACCCAGGAACCAAAAAGAAACGUGAUGCGACGGGAGUGGCCUUUGAUGAUCCAGAUGAGGACUGAACUUUUUUAUCACUUUUUAUUAUUUUAAUGGUUUUAAACUUUUAAAACUCAUGAAAUGCAACAAAUAAAAUUGAGGAUUUUUA